AUGGCUCGUACCAAGCAAACCGCCCGCAAGUCGACCGGAGGCAAAGCCCCGCGUAAGCAGCUCGCCACAAAGGCUGCCAGGAAGACCGCCCAGACCGCCACUGGAGGUGUCAAGAAGCCCCAUAGGUUCCGCCCCGGUACCGUCGCUCUGCGUGAAAUCAGGCGUUACCAGAAGUCCACCGAGCUGCUCAUCCGCAAGCUCCCCUUCCAGCGCCUCGUUCGUGAGAUUGCCCAGGACUUCAAGACCGAUCUCCGCUUCCAGUCCUCCGCGGUCAUGGCCCUCCAGGAAGCCGCAGAGGCCUACCUCGUCUCUCUCUUCGAAGACACCAACUUGGCUGCUAUUCACGCAAAGCGUGUUACCAUUCAACCCAAGGACCUCGCCCUCGCCCGUCGUCUCCGUGGCGAACGCUCUUGA